UUAAAAGCAGAAAGGAAUUUUCAAUUUUGCUUCUUUCUCAGUGCUUCUCCGCUUUCAUCUCUCCGCAAAUAUAAAAAGCUUCUCGUAUUCUUCUCAUUUGAUAUAUUCCGACUCCAUAGAAGCUCUGCCGCAUCGUAAUUGACCGUAUCCGCCAUUCAUUGUGAAAUUAGAGAUAAGACAUUUGAAUUAAUGAUCUGUGUCUAGACAAGGGCUAUGGGAGGCAUUCUUAUGAGGAAAUCCGGGGCUGAUGAGCUAGAGGCGUUCUAUCCAAUUAGACCGGAAUGUACAGCUGAUGUCCCUAAGCCCCGUUUUAAGCCUCGGGCUGGUAAAACUCUUAGCGCAAGAAGAUGGCAUGCCGGAUUCUCUGAAGAUGGUCAUUUGGAUAUUGCAAAAGUGCUUCGACGGAUUCAACGAGGGGGUGUUCAUCCUGCCAUCAAAGGUGUAGUCUGGGAAUUUCUGUUGGGCUGCUUUGACCCCAACAGCACUUUUGAGGAACGGAAUCAGCUCAGGCAACGAAGGAGGGAGCAGUAUAGCAUGUGGAAAGCUGAAUGUCAGAACAUGGUUCCAGUUAUUGGUAGUAGAAAGUUUAUUACAGCGCCUAUCAUCACUGGUGAUGGCCAACCAAUAUUAACCAGCAAUCAUGGGGAGCAAGUAAAUUGUGGCUUUUCUGACAAAAAGGCAAUUCAGUGGAUGCUUUUGUUGCAUCAAAUUGGUUUGGAUGUUGCGCGCACAGAUCGAGCACUUGUCUUUUAUGAAAGUGAAGCUAAUCAGGCAAAACUUUGGGAUAUUCUUUCAGUUUAUGCAUGGAUGGAUAAUGAUAUUGGUUAUGUUCAAGGAAUGAAUGACAUUUGCUCUCCGAUGGUUAUUCUUCUUGAAAAUGAAGCUGAUGCAUUUUGGUGUUUUGAACGUGCAAUGCGAAGACUGAGAGAAAACUUUAGGUGCACGGCGCGUUCUAUGGGGGUUCAGACUCAGCUGAAUACACUGUCACAAAUAAUUAAAACUGUUGAUCCUAAGCUUCAUCAACACCUUGAGGAUCUAGAUGGUGGGGAAUAUUUAUUUGCGUUUCGCAUGUUGAUGGUGCUCUUCCGAAGAGAGUUCUCCUUUGUGGAUGCUUUAUACCUAUGGGAGCUGAUGUGGGCCAUGGAGUACAACCCAAACAUUUGUUCGUUAUAUGAGGGGUCUAGUGCUACUACAGGUGCAUCUCAAUUAAAUGAGAAGCAGCUAAAGCAGUGUGGCAAAUUUGAGAGGAAAAAUGUAAAGACUGGGCAAGGGGACCAACAGAGCGCAUUUGCUGUUUUUCUUGCUGCAAGUGUUCUUGAGAUGAAAAACAAGCGACUUUUAAGGGAAGCUAAGGGCCUAGAUGACAUCGUCCAGAUAUUGGGUGACACUACUGGAAGUCUGGAUGCUAAGAAGGCAUGCCAUGGUGCAUUAAAAGUUCAUAAGAAGUACUUGAGUAAGAUGAAGCAGUCAUAGACAACAGUUCGGAGCAUCAGUUUGUGAGUCGUGAUGCCAAUUUUGUGUCCGGUGAUCAUUGGCAUUAGCAAUAGGAGCUGCAUGGGGAGGGCUUUACGAUGUUUUCCUGCUUUAUGAGCUUCAGCUGUUUCUGGUAGAUUUUUACAUACUAUGGUGCCUGCUGGAAUCAAUCCAACAUCUCCAGAAUCCAACAUCUCCAGUCUCCAGAGAUUAAAAUGAUAAGGGCAUGAGUCUGCAUGUAAAUUAUGCCUUGUGUUUUCUAUUACCCUUAACUCACUGUUAACUCAUUUGUGAAAAAUUUUCACUUCAUUACUACAACAGUUUUCUUUUCUAAAAAGAGAGAGCCAUAUGUAUGUA